AUGUCAUCAAUUCAGUCUAGUGAUACUACACAAACUGAAUCUGUAUAUAAUCCUGAACGAAAUGAGGAACUUGGCGGAGAUGAUAUGGUUCAUCCACCAUUUGCAAUACCUCCGGCGGGACGUGGAGUAGCAAUAAGAUCAGUAUAUCAACGAUGGGCACAUGGUGUUGUACCCUAUGAAUUCGCUUCAAACAUCACUGUUAAUGACUCUAUUUUUAUUGUUAAAAUGAUGAGAGCAAUGGAAAAUCUUACACAAGUCAAUAAUACACAAUGUAUAUCAUUUCGUCCAAGAGAUACAUCCGAUCUAUAUUAUAUUACAAUCUUUAAUGGAUCUGGUUGUUAUGCUCCAGUUGGAUCUUGGGGUAAUUAUAUUGGUAACCGUCCUGUUUCAUUUAUGCAUGGAAGAUAUUCUACUUGUAUGGUUUCAGGAAUUAUCCAACACGAAUUAACACAUGUCUUAGGCUUUUAUCAUGAACAAUCACGACCCGAUCGAGAUUCAUAUGUUUCUAUUCAAUGGAGUAACAUUCAGCCUGCUAAUGUAUUCAAUUUUGAUAAGUACAACUAUUCACAAGUUGAUACUCUAAUGACGUCAUAUGAUUAUGGAUCAGUUAUGCAUUAUGAACGUAAUGCAUUUGCUAUUAAUGAUAGUGGAGUAACGAUUAUACCAACGCAAAAUGCCAGUGCAUUUAUUGGACAGCGAGUUCAAUUAAGUCCAAUUGAUAUUCUUGAAAUUCAACGUUAUUAUGGUUGUGUUUCUACGCCAGCUGAUGUAAGUAUCACUACAGUUACAAGCACUACUACCUCUACAAAGUCAACAACAACUACGGCUAUGACAACGGCGUCGGUUACAACCACAAAAGAAACAACAACAAAUGAAACAACAAAUGAAACAACAACAAAUAAAAUAACAACAAAUGAAGCAACAACAAAUACAAGUAUUCGCAAUGCUUUUCGAUCAUAUUUUGAAAUAUAUGUUAUCUGUUUCACAUCAAUUAUUUAUUUUUCAAACUAA